AAAUCAUAUCAAAAAACAAUAAUUCAGAAACUUCAAGUGAUAAUAAUAAUUUAUCAAAUUUCAAUACUGAGCCAAUGGAAUAUUCAAAAAAUCAACUUGGCUAUCUCUAUCUUGAAUAUUCUGAUGUUUGUGCUUAUACUUGGAGACACCCCUUAAUAGAUAAGGUAGCUCAAAUAUACUCCCAAAACCCUGGAAUUGUCAAACUAAACAGUGUUGACUUGUCUCCAGCAAGUUGGAUGGCUAUUACUUGGUCUCCAAUUGGCUAUAUACCAUUGCUUGGGUUGAGAAAAAGGGUGCCAACAUAUUUCAUUACCUAUCAUACCUUAUCAUCACUAUUUCAAGAGAACACAAAUGAUGAAACAAAAGAAGGUGCUUCAAUGCUUAAGAAGAAAAAUAGUGGAAUUCCUCUUCCACCUUUUGGUAUUGCAUCUUAUAAGAUGCAAAAUGAUGUUUACAUGGACAAAGCUCAAGCUAUUACUAAAUAUGAUGAUCUUCAUGGUGCUGCAAAUUGUUGGCUAAAUCAACUUAAUUAUUACCAUCAUGAUUUUAGUGUUUUCACCUCAAAUGCAAAAAAUCUAAACUAUAUUUACUUAUUUUAAACUUAUGUUUAAAAAAAAAAUAAGACUUAUGUUGUUGUUUCUAAUUAGGGUUUGUAAUAGCUAAACUAUAAGACUUAUGUUGUUGUUUUUAAUUUGGGUAUGUAAUAACUUAAAACUUA